AUGCAGGACGCCACCGUAACGACGCGUCCCAGGCGCAGCCUCGUCGGGACGGGAGGCUGCCUGACAUGUCGCAUCCGCAAGGUAAAGUGCGAUGAGGCGAAGCCAGCUUGCUGCAAGUGUCGCUCCACCGGUCGUACAUGCGACGGCUAUUCCGUCUUGCCGUUUACUCGCACGGAGCUGCUGCAAGGCAGCCUGCGACAGGGUCAUGGAUCGAAGCUAGCAGCGGCCGGGCGAAGCUUGGCGCAGACGAUGCUCAUCGACGGCGCGUUCCGAGGGAAACUGGAGCAGCGAUACUUUCAAUUCUUCCGGUGCUGUACAGUCGCUUGUACAAACUUGACGGUCGAUUCCCCGUUCUGGGAUCGGGUCAUUCUGCAAGCUUUCCAUGCCGAGCCCGCCGUCAAGCAUGCCGUUCUGGCGCUGGCGGCCAUGCACAGCGGCAUGCUUGACCGACAAGACGAGCAUGUAUCCAGACAGCACAUGCUGUAUGCAAAAGAACAAUACACUGUGGCGCUGGGCGAGGCCAGACAGCUAGUCACAAACGCGGCCCCAACUCAGAUACAUCGCGUGCUUAUAGUGUGCCUUUUAUUCGUUGCUUGGGAGGGUGUGCGCGGCGACUACCAAGCCAGCCAGCGACACAUGGACAGUGGUCGCGCUCUGGCUGCUCGGUUUCAUCUCCAAAUGGGCCAAAAAGCGUCACUGGCCGGCAUUGUCCAUGAAAUCAUGCAAGUGCUGGCGAGGAUGGACAUUUCGGCCAUUUCGUUCUCUGACGACUCGGCACCAUAUCGGUCGCCGGGCCAACAGUCCGCAGAGUCCGAUAGGCAACUAUGCAUAGACACCUUCACGAGCAUACAGGAAGCAAGCGCCUCCCUGAUGGAGAUUACACGACAGUUGCUGCGGUUGGGAAGCGAGAUCAUCCCAGGAAUAGAUGAAGCAGAAGCGGCUCAGCGACAAUCUGACAUUGACAAGUACUCACGUCACUUGAAUGAAUGGGCCGUCCAUUGGGAGAAAUGGUGCGCUGCAAACAAAAUUUCGUCGCGUUUCAUGGCUAUUCUCAACGUCCGACUCUGGUUUGCAUGCGCAAAGGCGCUUGUGGAAACUGGCUUUCGUGGGCCUGAGUCUCGCUACGACAAGGCCACAGACAUGUUUCGCGACGUGGUGAGCUUUUCUGAUAAGCUCGCCUCUGCGAUCUUCCAAGAGUCUGGGGCCGUCUCUUUGAGCCUCGACCUCGGCUAUAUGAUACCGACAUUUUUCGUCGCUACGCGCUGUCGCGAUCCAAGCAUCCGGCGGCGCGCGCUGGGUGUCUUGCAGUCCUACCCACGACAUGAAGGCGCGUGGCAGAGCGGCCCGGCCGCGGUUAUUGCUGAGAGGUGGAUAGCUGUGGAGGAGAGCGGGCUUGUGGAUGUGCACGAGGCGGCACAGAUCCCGGAGAGCCAUCGGGUAGUACUGAUGGAGGUACAAGUACGGAAAAGUGAUGGGCAGGCAAGACUGCGUUUCCAGCUGGCUGGAAUACACGGUGCAUGUUCCGUUGUUGAAGAGACUGUAAGCUGGUGA